AUGCCUGAUCUCCCUACCACCCAUACAGCGAUCAAGCAGGGUGCUGGGGGCAUAUUGAAAGUCCAAACCGCCCCCGUUCCCGAACUCUUUGAGCCUGGUAUGAUCCUCGUGAAAACCAUCGCCGUCGCCCUCAACCCUUGCGAUUAUAAGAUGCCCACCCGGUUUCCCACGCCAGGCGCAACAGACGGCUCAGACUUUGCUGGAAUUAUCGUGAAGAUCGGGACUGCUGUUCAGCGGACAGAUUUACAUAUUGGUGAUCGUGUUUGUGGUGCAGUGCACGCGUCGAAUCCGGCAUGUUUACAGUCAGGCUCGUUCGCCGAGUACGUUGCCACAUAUUCGGAUCUAGUGUUAAAAGUACCGACAGAUAUGGCAUGGGAGAAUGCAGCCGUAAUAGGUGGUUGUGUCCAUGGGAGCGUCGGGCUCUCCCUUUGGAACUCACUUCAUUUGCCCGGCCACCCUGAUAGGCCUACAAAAACUCCUGAAUACGUACUUGUGUAUGGUGGGUCAACUGCCAGUGGAACUAUGGCAAUUCAGUUGGUGAGGUGCGCUGGAAUGAAAUGUAUCACCACUUGCUCACCAAAGAAUUUUGACCUUGUAAAGUCGUACGGCGCUGAAGAAGCAUUUGAUUACAAUGACCCUGGGUGUGCUGAGAAAAUCAAAGCCUACACAGCGAAUAGGUUGAAGUACGUUUUCGACAUUAUCACAGAGACAAAGACUAUGAAAUUGUGCUAUGGAGCCUUGGGCCGAGUAGGAGGAAGGUACACAGGGCUGGAAUAUUUUAACCCAGCCCUCGCGGAAGGCCUCAGAAAAACUGUUAAGGCGGAUUGGGUCAUUGGGCUGGUCCUCCCUGGAAAAGGAGUUGGUUUGCCCAGUGGAUAUGGUCGUGAGCCUGAUCCUGAGGCUCGGGAAUUCGGACGUAGGUGGUUCGAGACAAUGCAGAGAUUGGUAGACGCAAAGAAAAUUAAGUCACACCCACCUCGUGUGAUGACUGGCAAAUUUCAAGGAAUCCUAAAGGGAGUAGAGAUCAUGAGGCGGAAAGAGAUUUCUGGGGAGAAACUUGUCUACUUUAUUAAUUAA